AGUUUAGUUUCUGCUAAUACGAUUGAAAUCAAAUAUUAACGUCUGUAUCUGAUUGUUAUAUUGAUUAGUUAAAAUAGACAGAAAAACAUCACAGUUAUGGAUGCGUUAUCCUGGCCUUGGUCUCAGGCGUACACAGCUUUCAGUGCAUGUUUACUGACAGGAUGCAUCUACACGUUGUAUGAUGAAGAGGACAAAGAUUCGCUCAUUGAGAAAAAACUCUCUCAGGACUCACCCGCCGGCAGGACAGAAGACGAUAAUGUCAACAAAGAAGACUUAUAUUCAACCGCUUUGUGGUGUCACACUACAGAGAGCUUAUGUAUGUGGGUCCUUGUGAACACACUGUGCUGUUUUCUCCUGCUGAUGGCAAAAUGUAUCCAAUUUGUUGUGUUUGGUGAUCUCAGAAUCAUAGAAAAACAGAACCUCAAGGGCAAAAUCUGGAACUUUCUAUUCAACAAGCUGAUCUUUCUGUUUGGUGUGCUGAAUGUACGGACAGAAAGAGAGCUGGCCAUGUGGUGUCUGUGCUUCUCUGCUCUUCUCUUUCUCCAGCUGUUGGCUCAGCUCUGCAAAGAUCGCUUUGAGUAUCUCUCCUCUUCCCCCUCCAGCACGGCUCUGGGAAGCCAUUUGCGUGUGUUGUUGGUGUUGAUGUGUUUGUUUGUGUCCUCUGGAGGGCUCACAAUCAUUUGCGUACUGCUGGGGUUUUCCUUUGGUAUGCACACACUCUCCUUUAUGGCAGUCGAAGUAAAUUCUGUUUUUCUACACUGCCUAAUAGUAACUGUUCAUGUGAACCAUACAAUUCUUCGGUACGCAAUUCUCCUCUAUGACCUGAUGUGUGACAGUUCCUGGGAAGGUAAAGAGGUCUUUAUUUAUUACACAGACUUUGUCAUGGAGAUGGGUGUUCUCCUCCUAGAUUUGAUGCACCACAUCAACAUGCUGCUAUAUGGAAACGUUUGGUUCUCAGUGGCUGAUUUGUUUAUACUGACACACUUACAUUUCUUGGCAAAAGAAAUGCAACGCAAAUUAUUUCAACACAAGAACUACAUGCAUAUAUAUGAUGUUUUGGACACAAGGUUUUCAAUGGCUACAAUGGAAGAGCUGGCAUCUCGUGAUGACAGAUGUGUUAUUUGCUGGGAAAAGAUGUACACAGCAUACAAAUUGCCCUGUGGCCAUCUUUUUCACAAGUCAUGCUUGCGGUCCUGGUUUGAGCAGAAUAUGUCAUGUCCUACAUGUAGGAUGUCUGUAAAUAUGAGUGGCGGUCAUACUGGAAAUGAGCAGGAGGGGGCAUUGUUCGGUUUUGAAGCAGCUGAUGUGCCAAGCAGACCUCCAACCAGUUACCACAGUCAACUUUUUCAUUUUGAUGGUUCCCAAAUUACAAACUGGCUGCCUGGCUUUUCAGUUGACGUUUUGCACUCUCCUAAUUUAAUUAUUCUACUACAGGCAGAUGACUCUCAGGGACAUCAGGAUGAAGAAAUUUUACCUCCAUUAGACAUAACUGAGUAGUCAAUUCUACAGCUUUGGAAAAAAUAAGAAAUAAUGUGCCACUGAGCACAUUUCUGGAUGAUUCUAUUGAACAGCUCAACACAAGGUUUACCUGAAGGUUUACCUGCAGGUUUAAAAGGAGUAAAACUUUCAGCUCAAAUGUCUUGAUGACAUAUAUUGAAAAGAAGUCUGUGACUGUACAGGAUUGAUGUGAUUUGGCCCAGUAAGAUACAAUCUUGUAUGAACAUCUUUGUGCUUGGAAAAUCACGCUAAUCGAGUAGUGUAUGACACAAAUGUAGAAAUGUGCACUAGACUGUAUCAAGACAGGCAUUUUUUAAACAUUCAUGGGUACAUUCUGCCUAUCCAUUCAUUUCUUGAUAACACUGUGAACACUUGAAUUCACUGUUUAUUGUAGUUUUAUAAUAUAAAUGAUCUCAAUCUAAACAAUUUGUUGAAAUACAUUUCAUCCUGUUUAAAAAAAGAAAUUCCAAUAGACUUAACAAACAAGAUGAAAUUGAGGUGCAGACUCUCACUUUUAAUUUAAGUGGUUGAACAAAAAUGUGAAAUAUUUAGCAUUUUUUUUACAUGGUUUCUUUUUCAUGGACUGAAAUGUAAUUGUGGCAAAUUAAUAUAAUAAUAAAUAA